GGACAGCCGGCCGGCCCCAGUUGGGCCCCGCCUGAGCUCGUGUCAAGGUCACCGGGCAGGCUGGCGGCGGGGCGAGGUACAGGAGAGACAAAGUGAGAGAAGGGAAGGAGAGAGGACAGUUGAAGGGCCAGAGACCGAGAGACUCUGGUGUCGCGAUUCGUGCCAACCUCGAGUGCUCUGAAUGUGUCUGCUGGGCCGACAGAGGCAAACAAGUACCAGAUACGGAGUACUCAAUCGCAUCGAGCAGCGGACAGCAUACCAAACAUACCGGUGUGUUACAGACGACAUGUCUGGCGCCGACGUCCCGGCUUCUGACACGGAGGACGCGGACGAGCGGCGGCGCGAGAUGGUGGUGCUGCUGGAGCGGCUGACGGCCCAGGCUAAGCUCAGUCUGGUCCGCGAGGGUAACCGCAUCAGAGCGCCGGCCAUGGAGGCCUCAGCAGAGGGUGUGCUGAUCUCGGAGGUGUUGGGCAUCUUCCUCUUCCUGUUCCUGUUGCUGGGCAUGGUGGUGUUUUUCCACAAGGAGACGGACUGCGCGGCCCAGUUCCGGCGCAGGGUCGGCGGCGCCGCCAGCGCGCUCAAGCACGCGCUGAGGCGGCGCCUGUGUCGCUUCCACCGCCAGUGGAGCUGCCAGCAGGACGAUCUCAUCUCGCCGAGCCCUGAGCCGGGUGUGUACCGCGGCCUGUCGGAGGAGCAGGCGGCCGCGCCCGACACCACCGACACCACCACCAACAGCGGCGACAGCGGCGACGCACCCUUCAAUCACCGCGAGGCGCUCCUCGAAGUGUUCGCCGAUCUGGGGCUGCACCGCGAAGUCGUCCGCGACAGCCUGCGGGGCUACACAGAAGCUCUGUCGCGUCUGAGCGCCGGCAGGGCGGCGCCACCGUCGCUCGGCCCCGGGAACGUGGCGCCACUGAAGGGGAUCUUGCGCGCGCCGGCGCCCGCUCGUGGCCACGGCCGCCACCGCCACCACCACCGGCACCGACACGGCGGCGGCACGGCGGCCCACGCCUCGGGGGCGGCACGCGACCGUGACGUCAUACCCGAGGAGAGUGGUGACGUCACCGGCGAAGGGGAUCCUGUCGCUAGCGAGCCAUCCCAUGACCGUAUUUUGGAGCUGAACGGCGAUGGUGCUUUUGAGAUCGGCGACAACGUCGGGUACCAAGAUGAAAUGGUUCCGGCUCCCGAGCAGGGCACUGACAUGACACACGACUUGGACGAUGGCGUCACACACGGGCCGAACGGUGACGUUACUUGCAAGCAGGACGACGACGUGACCUUCGAUCCCAAAAAUGACUACAUCGUUGAGUUUGGAAGCGGGACUGACUCAGGGCUGGACGGUCGGUCCAAUUUCAAAUCAAAAUAG